AUGACUACUACGACCACAACAAGACCUGCUUUGGCAAGUUUGGACAACAAUGCUCUGAGCAUGACAAACGUGAGCGGCAAUAAACAUGUCCUCUCGUUUGAAGGGUCCAAAGAAAUGUCUCCCAAACUCCAAAGAGCACGGAUGCUCAAGCUCAAGCUACAGCUUGCAUACUAUAAGGUCACUACCAACCAAAUGGACGUGCCUCUGACUAGCCUCAAAGUUCCGAGCAAAGAAAGGCAACACGGUUCUCCGAUAUCUAAGCGCCGUCGGUCCAACGCGUUAGAUGAUCUUCUGGCCUCCUCGACUCCUGUUUUGAACAGAAACCGCAAAGUUGGACAAAUGAGGAGGAGAGGUGUCAGUUUCUUAGAUGAUGUUGUUAAAAAGAGAGCCACCAGUGCUAACCUGAAGCGGGCAUCUUUGAAGUAUAGAAAAGUUUCGAGUCUGAACAGCGUUGCCCAGACAUCUCCUUCGCGCUUUGUUACCACCUCCAAUGGUGUCAGCAAGGCCAAGCUUCCUCCUGUUCCUCGAAACGCAAUCCAUCAAUCUGAUUCCACGCUUUUGGACUCCGAUUCGACGUUUAUGACCCCUAUUAAGCCCCAGCUUAACACCAGCAUGACAGAGACAUCCAAACUGCUGUCGUCUAUCUCCAGACCAAACCAAAUAGAUUUGUCUCCUACAAGAUUAAUGUCCACUCCGUCUUCUAUAGGAGCAGCUCGGUGCCUGUUGCAGUUGGCGCAUCGAUAG